AUGCUUCGCUUUACAAACGUUGAUCAUAAACCAACACGACUUCCACCAGUUUAUGGGUAUCGCACUCAUCCAUUACUUCCACUUCGACAAGCUCUUGAGCCUGUUCUACCACACAUCAUUGAACUAGAUGAAUUCAUUCAAAUUGCAAAGACUGAAUGUCACUUUCCUUCAGAACAUGGCCUAACUCGUGAAGAAUCAGCAGCUAUUUAUAUAUAUACAAUGGAUUGGGGCGAACAAAGCCUUUAUCGAGUACUUAAUGGACUACUUCGAAUUACUGAUCGAACUGUUUUAGUACCAUGGCAUAAUUAUCUGAAAUUAUUUAAUAGUGCACUGAAAAAACUGCCAAGCUAUCAAAAAAAUUUAUGGCGUGGAGUGAAUGUGGAUAUCAGUAAAAACUUCAAAAAAGGUGAAGAGCUAACUUGGUGGAAUAUUACUUCCAGCUCAACUUCAGUAGACGUAGUGAAACAAUUUCUUGGCCAAUCUUCUACAUUAUUUCUCAUCGAAGCUAAGAAUGGAAAACUCAUAUCAGCAUAUAGUAAUUUUCCUGAAGAAAACGAAGUGAUUCUAGGUUUGGGUACUCGAGUUCGUGUUGUGAGUGAUGCACUCGAUUCUUCAUCAUUAAAUGUUGUACAUUUGAUGGAAUUGUUGGGCGAAAAUGAUGAGAAACUUCCAUCGACGCUACCAACUAUGAAUAUUGAUACAUCUACCAACACCCAAACCGAAGUAUCAAUGAAUGUUGAAGAUUCAACAUUUAAAGUUCAUAUCUAUGAAGAUGACAGUAGAUAUGAAGGAGAAUGGAAGAACCAGAAACGACAUGAAAAAGGCACAUUCUACUAUGCCAAUGGGAAUACGUAUACGGGUGAUUGGGUCGAUGACAAGAGGGCAGGAGAAGGAAUUUUCACAUGCCCUAAUGGUGAUCGAUACAAGAAGAGCUGUUCUUAA